UGAAAUUAGUUUUAAGGACGUACUAAGAGGCGAGGGGGAUUUUCAAAGUUUGGCCACAUGGGUGAUGGGCCUAUUAUUCACAAAAUUUUGGAGGCUUUUCAACUCUCGAGACUAUAAGGUCAUAAUUCUGGGGUUGGACAACGCUGGAAAAUCUACUAUUUUAUACCAGUUUGUUCUGAAAGAAGCUGUACAGACUUCUCCUACCAUUGGAAGCAAUGUUGAGGAAGUUAAGUGGAAAAAUCUUCAUUUUGUAAUGUGGGAUAUUGGUGGACAGACUUCCGUCAGGGGUUCCUGGACGACAUACUUUGCAGGCUCAGACUUUGUCAUUUUAGUGAUUGACAGUACAGAUCGAGAACGUCUAUACCUGACAAAACAGGAGUUGUACAAACUACUAGUUGACGAAGAGUUGAAACGCUCAAAAAUGCUGAUUUUUGCUAAUAAACAGGAUGUUUCUGGCUGUAUGUCUGUUGCUGAAAUCAGUCACAAUCUGAACCUUACGUCUAUUAGGAAUCACGCGUGGCAUGUGCAGCCUUGUUGCGCACUCACAGGAGAAGGUCUUCCUCAAGGUUUGGAUUGGAUUGCUACUCAAAUUGAACGAUAACACUGAAAGUUUUUUCAUCUUUAUCUUCAUUUCCAAUAUACAUGUCCUUAAUUAUGAUAUUCAUUGGUAAUCAUAGCCAAGCAAGCAAUAUUCCAGCUACAUUUAUCGCAGUUCUUGGUGUUUUUUUUUCUAGAGAAGACACUAUCGGGAAUCUUGUUACUUUUGAUCUUUCUAAAUUUUCUCUGUCAACUUUGAUUAUUAUUAUUAUUAUCGGAAAUUGUCUGCAAAUUGUUUUAGUGUCCUACAGUCUUUCCUGUAGUAUCACUAUACCACUUGUACAAAAUGUGUUAUAUGUAUAUUUAUUUUCAUUUAGCUUUAUGCUAUAAUAUAUAUAUAGGCAGAAGAAUUUUUUUAAAAUGGUUGUCAAUAGGAUUGAUUCAUUUUUUUUGAUUCUGUUUUUUUUUAAUCUGCGGUUUAUUCUUGAUCUAUGUAUGUAUGUAUGCUAAAGUACUUCUUGCAUUAUAUUCCAGACUAAUUGAUUUCUUUUUACAUUGACAGUGUAAUAUUUCUGACUUCUAUAUAUAUAUAUUUAUAUUUUUUCAAUCGUAUAUAGGCAAUCGAUCAGCUCAUAUUUAAAAACUCAUAUGUUUUACACAUAGGGUAUUUUUAAUUGAACAACUAUGUGCACCGUGUAUAUAUAUAUAAUUACGUUUCUGCUUGCAUAGUUCUUUAAUCUGUUUGAUAUUCCCCAUUCAUAAUGUUGAAAUCCAGUGUGUAAAUUAAGUGUUAUGGAAUACAAUCAUUAAAAUAUAAUUAAUCCUCACCUGUCAUUUGUUACUUUGAGUAUAAUGCAUUUAAUGUGUGCACAGUGUUUUUUUUUCUCUUUGUUACAAUUGCUCCUGUUAAAGUUGAUCUCGUUUAUUAAGGUAAUGAAAAUAAACAAUGGGAAAAAAA